GUAGUGGCUCUAGACAAAAAUUCUUAUGCUGGCUUUUGCUAACUGUAUGUGUUCAGUAGUAGGGAGAGGUAGGUGAGGGGUUUAUAUGACUCUUAAAAGAACAGAUUAAGAUGAGAAGCUUUAAUAAGAAUGCAGCAACUAUAGCAAAUUAUUAUUCCAUUUCCUCUGUAUCAAACUUUGUGGUUCAAAUGAAUUAUAGUUAUGCUAGGUGAUGUAAAAUACUUUAACUGUCUUUGAAGACCAUACUUGGUCUUGUAUUCCCUAAAAAAGGGCUAUUUUGUCAGUGCUAAGUGUCUGCAUUUGUCUAAUGAAAGACUGUAUUAUGAUACAUUUAGGCUUUGGCACAUAGGAACACCUCUCAGUUUGUCAUAUAGUUUAAACCAACAACCCCUUAAAAAUGUAUAGAUUUAAUAUUUUAAUUUUGGGGGGCUUUUGUUAUGUUUUUUGUUUUGUUGAUUGGACUAUGGACAAAUCAAAAUAAUGUUUUGGAAUACGGCGACAUACUGCUGUUGUGUUCUUAAGGUAGUAAUAAAAUUGAAAAGGGCAAAUUGUCACUUAUUUGUGGAAAAUUCUGAGAGUUUCUGCAAAUAAAUUAAUUUGCUGGAAUUUUCUCUCUUAUUGUAGCUUAAUUAUUAACAAUAAAUUUAGAAUGUGGACAUGAGAGGCAAGGGAUUAGUUGAAUUUUAUAAACAAAGUCUUCUCAAAGUGGAACAUCUAGAGGAGUACAUUGUUCUUCACAUAAAAGGAAUGUAUUUUAACAAUGAAAAAAACCACAUUUUUUGCUGAAUUUUUGUCCAUACCUUAUCAAAUAUGUCAUGUCGUAGUUCCGAGCAGUGAUUGAAAAACAGUGAAAUACCACAAUGAUACCUCGUGUGCUCUGCAGUUUUUUAUUCUGUACGUGCAGUUAUGGUUUGCUUCAGUUUUACUUUUCUUGACAAUAAGCAAAGCAAGAUCCUUAACAUUUCUGCCUUACAUAUUACCAGUAAUAUAGUUUUUAAACAUUACAUUUACAUUAUAAAAGUACAUGUAGUGUAAUCAGAAAUGUAUAAACCUAGUGUAUCAAGUUGGAAAUUUUUUUUUUUGUAUUUUCACUUAUUUGUUGUGCUUUCCUUUGAGGACACAGUUAUGCUGGUCAAAGAUUGGCUAUAUUGUUAGCCUUGCCAAAUUUCUGGGAAAAAAAGGCAUUUCAACCUUUAUUAUUCUGGAAUCAGGUUAUGAGGUUUCCCCCUAUAUUGAGAAGAUCUCUGGUCAGGGGUGUUUGUAUAAUAUUCCUAGAUGUGGAUGACAAAUGGCCAUUGAAGUAUUGUCAGUAUUUAUUCAACUCCUUAACCUGGCAAUGAAGUGUCCUGCUAAAUGAUAGCAUGUUAUUCUAGUGAUCUAGAAAUAACAAAAGUGAGGCCUCUGGCUUUUUUUAGCAGCACACAAGUGUUUAGGUUUCUUCAGCUGUGAUUAACUAGAAUCAAAACUUUGUCUGUUCUCAGGAUUAAACUCCCACACUUUUUAAUGAUAUUUUAAACUGAGCUAUUUUUUAUGUUAAAAUAAGUUUGGAGGUGUAGAUGGACUGUAUUUGUCUUGAUUCUUAACUGAUGCUUCCAGUAGUAGUUUUUAAUUUUGCUGAUGUGUAUCACUUUAGUUUCUGUCAGUUUAUCCUGAUGGUUUAAACCAUCUUCUACCACAGGUCUGUUCUGUAGUCUGUUAAUUAGUUAAACAUGUAAUUUGAAAUACAGUACUUUUAUUUGGCUUGAUUUUAUAGAAAAGAUGUGCAACCCUGUUUACAUAAUGCAUUUCCUUUGGAUAGUUGUAAUAUGAUCUCAGUAAGUAUUUUGUAAUCUGGCUGUGAUAUGCUCAGCAGACUGGGAGGGUCUGAGGUACUCGUAAUUACAGUAGCAAAAGGAGAGGGAAGGAGGGAGGAUAUUUUUAACAGAAAAUGUUGACUCUGUGGAGCAUUAAAGCAUUUGUUACAGAAUCUCAUGUUUACAUUCUGUGAUUCUCAAAUAUUUUUGAAGUUGAACCCAUAAAGGUCACAACUAACUAUUGACUCUUUGAUUUUAGAGGCAGAUGCCAGUUUUCAUUUUGUUCCAGCUAUGAGUGGCAAAGAGCAUAAAACACCUUUCUCUGAGAAAUUUGAUAACCCAUAAUGUCAGUGGUAGGCUGCCAGACCAUUUCUGUUCAUCAAAAAGAGAACAACUACAAAUAUUUUACCAUUGUGGAAUGUGCCUCUUGCAUAGUCAGAAUAGUCUUAUUCUUUCAAAUUACUGGAUUUGUUUUGAGAUACACUUACUGAUCAUUUGUAUUAAAUGUUAGAGACAGCAAGUAGUUUUUUUAAUUUUUUUUUAAACUGUUUCUUGUACCAUAAUAUGGCAGUAGAACCAAUUUCAAAUUUUAAUUCUGGAAAAAUCAGAAGUUGGUUCAUUUGCAUAUUAACUAAAAUAGACAGGUUUCACAUAAUUAGGAGGAUCUGUUGAAGUAAUAGGUUCCUGGUAAAAAGUAUUCUUUCUUUACAGAAUUGGGUUAUGGAAAUUACAGAGUCUGGAGAACUAAUAGGAUCAUGUAAAACGAAGAAAGCCCCAUUAGCAUCAAUAAUCAAUGAAGAUGAAAGAUGUCAGUGAUCCAGGGAGUGACACAGGAAACAUUCAUGGCCCAGUGAUCCCACUGAGAAAGGCGGUGACCACGCUAAUAUUAAACCAAAUCAACAGUUAGUCAACAGAAAAUCAUUGUAAUUAAAAUUAUAAUGAAAGGAAGAAAAUUACCCUCAAGAAAAACUAUAUUUCAGGAGAGGCACUAGAAGAAGUAUGUACCAAAUUACAGGUACUGCAAAAGCCAGGAACUCAUAUUGGAUCAAAUUAUGAUGCUACACACUGCAGUGUAGGUUGGAUAGAUCUCAUCGCAGUGUAGUUUCAGAAACACUGCAAACACAGCCCCACUUCCCAUAGAAUCUGUCCUUACCUGUCUGCAUUGCUGUUGGAAUGUACCUGCAAUUGCAAGCUGAUGCACACAGGGAAGUACAUCUAUAUAAUGACAUUUUUAAGAUUGCAAUUUUAGCCUAUCAGUAUUUCUAAUUUGGUUGACUAAGAAGCCAUCUCUGCUUGCAUUUUAGGUUAAGGCUCUAAGGAUUGUGCUUUCUUUCCCUUCUUCUGUCUCUAAUCUUACACUAAGAGUAAUCUUGGGUAUUAAUAUAUGUUCACUAUUUCACCUUAAAGUUGUCCCAUCAAAAUUCUCUUGAUACCUUGUUAAGAAAGGUUAGUAGUGCAUAGUAAGUGAUUUUUGAAGCCAGUCAGUAUUUGUAUCAGUUUGAAUGGUUGCUUCAAUCAUCACACAGACCUGUUAUGAGUAGCCAUGUAGAUCUUUCAGAAUAAUCUUGGCUAAAAUAAAUGAGAGCUAGAAAAUGUCAUGACUUCUGUUGAGGUCUCACUAGGAUUGUGGUGAACAUGACACAUAUUGGUUCAGCUGGGCAUUGUCUUGGCGGAUUUGCCUGUUGAAAUAUGUAAAACUAUUUCAUGUCAUGUGUCAGACAGGGUAAAUGUUACUUCUGAAUUUGCCAAGACAUCUUCAUGAACACUUUUGUCUCUCACAGUUAGUGAACAAAGACAAAUUUGGGAGCCCACUGAUUCAAGAUGUGAAUGGUUCCAGUAGCUGCCUAUUGUCUUUGUAGUAGUCCUUCUGGUUUGUACUCUUGACUGAAUAAAUUUGUUAACAAGAAUUUGAAUGGCAUGUUGACAGAAGGCCUUAUUAAAGUCUGUGAUGGUGGUUCAUUAAUUAAAUCUAUUAAAAAAUGCAGAUAUGAGUCAAUGGUAUACGUUGUCAAGUAAAGUAUUUGAAACCCUUUAAUUCUAGAAAUGGCCUUCAUAGUCAGCCAGGCACUAAUUUGGCAUAGCACAUGUAAGAGAAGCAUUUGUUCGUUCCAUAUUUCGGUGGACUUUCAUGAUUGAUAGAUUUUGUGAAUUUAUUUUUAUGUGUUUUUAAAGUGAGAGAAGUCAUCGGCUUAAUAGUAGACAUGCAUCAUUCCUUUUUGGAUUGUAGCUGUGAUAGAAGGGUUCUUAUUAUAAUAGUACAGGUAUUAAACACACAUCAAAGACAUGCCUUUUAACAUACCACAAGUAUUAUAUCAUAAUGCAAGGAUGAAAUAGUUAUAGUGGUUUAAGUUAUAGUAAGAAUAAAAUUACUGCAACUGGUUUUAACACUUUAUUGGAAACAUUGUUAUAUUCUGUUUUGAAGGGAAAGCUUUCAGUAGGAAAUAUGUCCAGUGUUGCUUUUUCAUUGUUAUUUGAGUACAUUUUGAGGUGGCCAGUUGUUUUAUUUGUGCCAGAUCAAAAUAUUCUGUUAGACUGAAGAUCAGUAACUGGUGUUCCCACCUAAAGCAAGGUGGCUCUUUUUUGUGUGGACUGUGGUGUUUGUGCAGCUGCACAGUGAACCAGAUAGGAAAAGUAAUCUGUCUUGAAAAUAAUCUUCUUUUCUUUUUCUAGGCUAUUUUUCAGCAGAAUCUAGUUGUACAGCUGCACAGCGAACAGAUCAGCAAACAAAUGUGCUGGUAUACAAAAAUGAGUUUUGUGGGAAUGGGAAUGAAGAGUGAAGCAGUGGGGGAGGGCAGAACUUCUGAUUUAAGUGCAACGCUGUCUUAAAAUAUUCUUUGAACAUCAGCCUUAGUUCUAACCAAAACAUUUGCUUACUUUCAGUAGAAAAAUUACAUAUUAAAAUGCAGGUGUAACUGGAUUGUCUUUCAAGUAUUUCAUCCUUACAAGCUCUGGUUGGUAUCUUUUGAUAUCAGUUGAACAGUAGAAUAUUGGCACAAAAGCAAGCUAGCUCUGUUAUAGAUUUUGUGCAUUAAGAGCUGUUUUAUGGACUGCGUACAGUUCCUAUAUGAAAGACUGAAAAUUCAUUCUUGGUAAGAAGAACUAAUACUUAUAGAGCUUCCAACUAUUGUGAAGUUUUUAUAUUCUUGUGAGCUCUGAGAAAGAGCCCAUUCUCAGCAAUUUCUUACAAAUAGCUAACUGUCCCUUUGAAAAAGGCUGUCCAUUUUUUUAUCCAUUCCAAAUAAAAUAAAUGCCCCUAUCUGGAUAAUUGACCUAGUAGAUUGCUACUGUAUUGGUUUAGAAUCCUUUUCUAGUUUGCUUGGGACUUUGCAUUUCAAAUACUUCCCAGCUGAGAUUUUUUUAAAGUUUUCGUGGUGUGUUCAGUUAUGCAUAAAUGCUUUCUGUACUAUUUAAGUCUUAUCUGGUAUUAACUUAGCAAAUAGGGCUUGGAUCAGUUAGUUAAAGGUCUGUUCUUACAAAGUGCCCCUCCUACUGGGCUGUAGGUUUUCAAAUGAAUGAGUUUUACUUAAAUCCACAAACUUGUUUCGCUGAAAUUGAAGAGGGAAGAAAAUACAGGAGAUGGGUGAGAACUAAAGUUAGAAAUGGUUAAUUUUCACUUUUUGGAUCUGUAGCAUGUUUUCCCAUUUGUAUAUGCAGAAGCUAAUGGCAGUUUAAGACUGAUAAAACACAAAGGGAUUGUUAUUUAAUUAAAAUGUUAUGGCUUUCUUAAAAUGUCUUUCAAUAACAACCAUGUAUUAAUUUCAUAUUAAUAUUUUUUUAAAUAAUUUAUCUUAAAAAUGUGUGCUAGAUUAAUAGGACUUUGUAUUCUAGUAUUUGUUAAAAAUGUAAAAUUUAGGAAAUAAAGAGUAGGUUCUUUGGAUUUUCAGACUCCAGGCUUUUUUUUGAACCAAAUACAAGUUUGAGAUGGGGCGAAGGGAAGGGGUGCUGCAGACAUUUCUCCUGCAUGUACGUUGGAGUGAAUAUCUGCAAUAUAGAAAGGCAUUAAAAUUUUCAAGAGUUGUAAGAAAAACUAUCCUUAUGCAGUCAGAAACUUUAUUUCAAGAAAUAUUUCUCUUUUUAAAAAAAUGGCAUUUCUCACAGAGCUGUUACUCUGAGCAGUUCUUAGUAGAAAUUAAUUAUGCAAGUGCUUAAAUUCUCAGUGCUGAACAGAGAGAAUGUCUUAGUUUGGUAAGAAUAUUGCUUUGUCUUUAUUUUUAACACCUUUUGUCCUUCUGGGUUCUCUCUUACCUUAGCUGAAGCAUGUGUUUGCUGUGGAACUUGUAGUUGCCCAUGAAAUAUUGCUAAGACACUUUACUUAUUGUGGCAUUCAAGAUGAGUAAUUUAGAGGAGUCAAAGAUGUUUUUUAAAGAUGGGCGGUACAUUCUUCAGACGAAACAAGGAAAGAAAGUUGAACAACAAGGGAGAGAAACUGAAAUAAUUUGGGAAGGAGCAUGGGAAGGGGAGAAAUCAGUGCAUUUCUGUUACAAAUAUUUCAGGUUAUUAAAAUUGUUGGGAACAGACAAGAAAAGAGGUUGGGGGAAGAAAGUUGGGCACUUAAAAUAUUCUAGUUAGCAUUGUACACUAACAAAAAUGCUGUAGUACGUGGGUUGCAAGCACUAAAUGAUAGAUGUGGCUUUCAAUUGAGUUUGCAUUUUGUAUGACCACAUAAUUUGAAACCAAGUUUGUUUUAAGUAAAGCCUAACUCUUGAACUAGUUUUCUAGUUUCAGUGAAGCAGUUGCUGAUAGAUAAACAAAAAUUUCACCCAAAAUCAUGUUCGUAUUCCAUGCUCUAAGUCAUAAAUAAAAUACAGUUGAAAGAGUAGGCACUGCGGGUAAGUUUCAGGAAUCCAAGGGAAAUUGAAUCAAAAAGGCUUUUAAAAAACCCAAAACUAAACCCGACUAUUGUCAGAGGUACCUUUAAUUUAAUAGAUUAAAUGCCAUAGGCAGACAGUGGUUUAGCUUAGAGGUAUGGUGAGUUUUCCAUGCAGAGAAGGUAACUCUUUGCUUAUGUACUGCUCAGGUACUGUGACCUCAAGCCUCUGAUAUAAAAGUCUUGUGUAUGGACGUGCAGUCAUGCUGCAUUUAGUGUGAGUGAUCUGCUUGCCCUGAUGAAUGGGGAGGGGGUGCACUGGGCAGCACUGUGAGCCAUUUCUGAAAUACCUGCUGGUAGGGCACACUGUUCAUCUUUUCCACAUGUACACAUUGUUCUAACUUUGGAGCUUGUGUUAGGGUGGGGUUGUCCUGCUGCCUGAGGUGUCAUGAAGGUCUCGUGUUGCAGCUCAGUGGAACAUGGCAGGUGCUGUUGUUUCCAGCCCUGCCCUUUACAGUGCUGUAGUUUCUUACCAACAUCCAGGAGAUAUUUUCCCUUGUAUCUCCCCUGUGUUGGGUGCCCGCCCAUCAAAGAGCUGUGGAGGGAAGAAGGGGAGGCAGCAGGGAAUCAAAGGAGUGAACAGAAUUAGGCAAAGGCUGACAGCAGGAAUGGGCAGAACCUUUUUAAACUUUGGUGUAGCCUUGUCCUCAGGCUGCCCUUCCAUAUUCUCUUGAAGGGAUUUGAGAGUCUUAAUGUUCCUAUGUUGAGAUCAGCUAUAUAGAAUUUUGUGCCACUGAAAUGUACAGAAUUUGGACUUCAGCUUUCCAGUAUUUUACACGUACAAACACUGCCCGAGAGGUUAAACAUGUCAGCUAUUUAUAAUUACCUAGAGAAUAAUUAAGCUUAUUUUAAAAGAAACAAAUAAAUAAUCAACUCUUUAUGGUUGUUCUUUUUGAGACUUUUUAUUAUGGGUAUAUGUAUUUUGUAAGCAUCUUUGUUCUCUAACAAGAAUUGCAAUAGAAGGUACAAGAUAUUACAUAAUAGAAGACCUAACAUAUGAUAUAAUAAAGAUCAAAAAUAUUGUGCUAGGGUUAUUACUAUUUUAAUUGAAAAUAGUGAGACAAGUAUUUGAAUUUGAAAUUGGUCUGAUAAUGCUCAGCUCUUGUAUUUCAGCAAUGAAUCAUGAUCAUAGGUCACAAUCUAUUUUAGCCAUUAGGGCAUGGAGAAAAGGUACCAUUCAAAGCUAAACACCACAAUUAGGGAUGCAUGACUAAAGUUUCCAAGUAAUGUAUUAGUAGUAUUGUAUGAGACAGUCACAUGAAAAAGAUCAUGAGGUUGUGAAAAGGAUUACGAUCAUGCUUUAGUCAUGAAUUUCCUGACAGAGAUAUUUUAGUCUGGAUCGUGCUUGUUUAAAUGAGAGUAAUUUGACUUGUUCUGGUUAUAUUACCAGUAUAUGGCAAAGGGGGAGAAAAGCUGUCUUGCCUACAAAAAAUAGUAUCCUCUGAGUAACUGAAUUCUACCUGACCUUGAAAUGCUGUUUUCAGUACUGAGAAACUGAAGUAAAAAAGCUUCUUGAACGGUUUGCUGGAGCAUUACAGUGAACAGCAUGUACUUACCUGUUGCUGCCAUCUCCUGUGCAAGCACAUAGAAGUUCACCUUUCUCCCAGGGCAUUCAUUGGUCUUGCUUGUGCCUUAACUGCUUAUUCCAGAUCUUGAACCUGCUCUUCACAUUAAGUGACGUUCAACAUUGUAUAUCCUCAGUUGAUGAAAAUCAGCAUAUUCCUAAAGAAAUGUGGUGCUGUCUUGAUCUGUCAGCAGUCAUAUUCCUGAUUACUGCCAGAAUGUUUCUGCUUCCUGGCAUGCUGAAACAGAGAUGAAGGUACACAUGCACACAAAAUUUUGCAUCAUUUGUUUGCUGACAUUUAUCUUUCAUCAGUGCAAUCAUUGCCAUGGAGAUGGACAUAACAAUGGUCCUAAAAAGGAUCGUGGACACUACCAUAAUGACUAUCAGAUCUCAAAUGAAUCGUACUUCCAGAGUGGAGGAACAGAAUCUAUGCCGAGUAAAUUUUCAACGUUGGAAGCUGAAAAUGAACAAAAAUACUACAUUGAAAAGAUUUUUGAUCGUUACGGUGAAAAUGGAAGAUUAUCUUUUUUUGGCCUGGAAAAACUGUUAAUAAGCCUUGGUUUAGGAGAGGUAAAAGUAGUGAUGAUAAAUCAUGAUGAUAUUGGCCAUGAUCAUGUUUCUCACUUAUAUGCUUUAGAAGUACAGGAAGGAAAGCAUUUUCACUCUCAUAACCAUCCUCACAGCCACUCAGAUUCAGAAAACCAAACCGUGAUUGGUAUGUCUGCAAAGAGGAAUCAUAAAUGUGACCCAGAGAGAGACACAGUAGUGCCAUCAGUAAAAGAUGAUGGCAAACACAUUCAUGACCAAAGUCGCCGUCACCACCACCACCACUCUCGUCCACAUCGCCAUGACCAUAAUGGCACCCAUCACUCUCGUAAUGAUUCAGUCAGUCAUCGUGAGCACGGGGAACAGAACCAUGAACCUUCAACAGAGACAAACACAACUCAGGAUCAGCCAGAAAGAAAACAACGGAAACAGAAGAAGAAGCAAAAGAAGAUCAGUGAGACUUCAGGAGAUGCUACCUGGGAUUAUGCCCCAGAUCAUGAUCCCGGUGAUCAGUAUGAGCACAAUCGUGUUCAUAAACAUGAUCAUGUACAUGAUGCAUCUCACUUGCAUGUGCACCAUCAUGACCACAGCAGUGAUCGUUCUGGUAGUCAUGGACAUCAAGAUGCCAGUUUAGGUAAUGACGAUGCACACCGAAAUACCAGCAAGCGAGAGGCACCUCGCAAGCAGAUCAGUGUGAGAAAACGUGCCCUUGUUUCAAUGCGUAGUCACAAGGAUCGUGAAGAGUGCUUAAAUGCUACCCAGCUGCUACGGUACUAUGGUCUGGAAACCAGCUCUCUAAUAUCUCCUGAAUUGUUCGUGUACAUAUGCCCUGCUUUGCUAUACCAGAUUGAGAGAAGGCUUUGUAUUGUACAUUAUGAUGAGUUUGAAGAUAUUAUGAAAAGUAAAAAUGCGUCAAUUGACAAUAAAGAUAAAACAGGUGCAUCAGCCUGGUUUUGUGGUAUCAUCUCUAUCACCGUCAUUAGCCUGCUUUCCUUGCUAGGGGUGAUCCUGGUUCCCAUCAUUAACCAAUGGUGCUUCAAAUUUCUUCUAACUUUCUUGGUAGCUCUGGCAGUAGGAACAAUGAGUGGAGAUGCACUGCUCCAUCUAUUGCCACAUUCACAUGGAGGCCACAACCACAGUCACCACCAUGGCCAAGGUCAUGUUCAUGAACACAAGCGUUCCCAUCGACAUGCCCACGGACAUGCAGUGCGGACUGAAGGCUUCCUAGAAGAAAAUGAUCCAGUGCUGAAAGGCCUUGUGGCACUUGGAGGCAUUUAUGUUUUGUUCAUCAUUGAACAUUGUAUAAGAAUGUACAAACAUUACAAUAAACAAAAGAGUAAGCAGAAAUGGUGCAAAAAAAACCAGGCUGAAGAAUCACCAAUUGGAAGGAAACUUUCUGAUCACAAAUUAAAUAACAGACCAGAUGCUGACUGGCUUCAGCUGAAACCCCUUGCAGGAGCAGAUGACUCGGUUUUGUCUGAAGAUCGACUGAAUGAAACUGAACUAACUGAUCUGGAUGGCCAGUUGGAAUCCCCUCCCAAAAACUUCUUGUCUGUGGAAGAGGACAACAACAUGCGCCAUUCUCACAACGACGUCUCACAUGCUGCUCAAGAGCAUGAUCUUCAUGACUCAGAGUAUGACAGCCAUGGAGAAGAUAAAAUGAUAGCUAGAAAACACAGUCACCACUGGCAUCACAAACAUUCCCAUCAUUCCCAUGGCCACUGUCAUUCUGGAAAAGACCUGAAAGAUACUGGGAUAGCUAAUAUUGCUUGGAUGGUAAUUAUGGGAGAUGGCAUUCACAACUUUAGUGAUGGCUUAGCAAUCGGAGCAGCUUUUAGUGCUGGACUGACAGGAGGAAUUAGUACAUCUAUAGCAGUAUUUUGUCAUGAGCUUCCCCAUGAAUUAGGUGACUUUGCUGUGCUCCUCAAAGCAGGUAUGACAGUAAAGCAGGCCAUUGUGUACAACCUGCUGUCAGCCAUGAUGGCGUACAUCGGGAUGCUGAUCGGCACGGCCGUGGGGCAGUACGCCAACAACAUCACCCUCUGGAUCUUCGCCGUCACCGCUGGCAUGUUCCUCUAUGUGGCCUUGGUGGACAUGCUUCCAGAAAUGCUUCAUGGAGAUGGAGAUAAUGAAGAGCAUGGCUACUGUCCCGUGGGGCAGUUCGUUCUUCAGAAUCUAGGCCUGCUUCUUGGAUUUGCCAUCAUGCUGGUGAUUGCCCUCUAUGAAGACAAAAUUGUGCUUGACAUCCAGUUUUGACCUAAUUCUGGUAAUCACUGUGGUUACAAUAAUGUUGCUGUAUGGCUUUGAGUCUGCACUGUUUCACUGUAUGCACGUUGCUCGGAGGAAACGCGGUGGCUUGCACUACUUACACAAGUACAGGACAUUCAUUUCUGCCUAGAUUAACUAAUGCUUUUUUUCUAAUUCAGAUCAGAUCAGGUCACCCAAUGCAACUUCUACACUCGAGUGAUCAACACUUAGGAAACACAAAAUAUGAGAAAUAAAGGCCAAGUUCAGUGUACUGUAUAGGGAGCACUGCUUGCUUAAGAAAGAAAAAGUACAGUGAAUGAUUUUCUUAUUUGGGAAAAUACCAUUUCAUUGGUACACUUGGACAGAACCAAGAUGUUACAGUUAAAACUCAAACCUCUGCAAGGAACCCGAGCAAGCUUUUAGUGCCAUAUAAGUCCUGAGUAGUGCAUAUAUGUAUCUAUAUAUGUAUAGAUCUAUGUAGAUAUAUACAGAUAUGCAUACAUAUAUAUGUGUGUGUGCGUGUAUGUAUAUAUAUAUUAAUUCUGCGCUGAUUUUUCUGCAUAGUGGUGACUUGAAAUAUUAAAUCUUACAGCAGGACAUGACUGGAAACCACUAUGCCAGUUUAAAUUUUUAAAAAGAAACCCAAAGCCUAAACACUGUUUAAAUUCUUACAAGACAUGUUAAGCUCACUCCAUCAUUUCAAUCCUCCUGUGUAAGAAGGCAGGCUGUUGCCAUGUACUCUGCAAAGUGUGACUUCUGUCGAGGGUCAGUUUGAUAAUGUUUUUCCCAACUAAGAUUUAUUUGAUGUUUGUUCCUUGAUAUUAGUAGGAAAAUGCAAAAUGCAGUAGAAUUAGUGUUAGCUUGGGGAAAUCCCUGACGUUGGAGUUAUUGAGCUAUUUCUGGUUUUUUCUUACAGACGCUAAACAUGUAUUGUGUGCCACUUGCAGCAUAAACUACUGAAGAAUUGUGGCUGUGAAUUUGUGCAAACUCUUUUAACAAAGAAUCCAUACAGGAAUUUCUCCAUUUUUUAAAAACAAUUAUUUUGAACUGUUUUCUUCUCUUCAUGUUAAAACAAUCCAAAGUUCAAGAUGCUAGUUGCUGAACCUGGGCACAAAGGUUAAAUUAUGCUCUGUGUAUGUUGUAAUGGUAGGUUAUUUACAAUACUGUAAUAGCAGAUCAAAUGUGUUUCUACAAUGCCUUGUUAUCAGACAUUGCAACACCAGCCAUUUCUGGCAGUAGAGAGUAUGUAAGAAGAUUUCUACUUCCAGUAUAAAGGAGUUCAUUUCUAAGAUAUUUUUUUACAAUUUUGGUAUUUAAAUUAGAUUAUUAAAAAGCAGAUGUGGUAGAACAAUGGUAUGUGUCAUUCGGAAGAAUAGACUGAAACUUUGGGCCUUAACUUGCUGGGACCAGCUGUCCUAGAUCAGAUUGUGCUGAUAUGCGUAUAUUGCCAGACAUGAGUUAGUUCUUCUUGUACCCAUCUCCUUAAAAAAAAAUUGUGAGUUUGUGAGGAGUGCAAGUUGAUUCUGUAGUACCAAUCCUAAGCAUGGUAGUAGCUUUUUUUAAAACAUGCAGUUCGUCUAUUUUAUGUGUAUGCCAGGUAAAAGCUGUAUUUUGACUAUGUGCCGUAAGUUUUGUUUCAGUCUGCUUGGUGCCAGUGUAGCUGCUAAGAACACUGAUCCUAACGCCUUUAAUGAGAGCCAGUUGGUAUCUUCAUUCCAUUUCAAGUUAAUGUGUUUCCUGUGGCCCUUUACUUUUGAAACUUUAUUGGUCAGGUCAGCUUUUACUGAGAGCAGCUCAUGUAUUUUAAAGUAGUCGGUCGGUCGCCAGUAUUUCUUCCUAAUUCAGUAUCAGGAAACAGUAUUAGGGGUCCAUUUCAAAGAAGGGUGCAGUUUCUUCAGUGAAGAAGCCAAAAGCCCAGAGUUCAGGCAGGCAGCCAUUUCAUGUUCUGAACUCAGGUUUUAUUUUUUGCUCUUUAAACAUGUUUACUGUUGGACCCUAAUUAGCAAACACACUGUUGUUAGCUUCAGAUUCCUGAAUUUCUGCAGUGUAAAGCUCCUGGGUGACAUUUUAGCAUAGUGUUCAUGUUUGGUCACUGAGUACCGUUUUCAAAGAGACUUCACUCACUGGAUACCUUCUGAGGAUCUAAGUUUAAACAAUCUGUGUUUCUUAUGUAUUAAACUGACUUAGUUUUUCUUUUCUGUUAAUUCUGUCAAGUGUAAGGGGGUCAUUAUGCAGCUGAACUGAUGUUUUGUCAAAUCAUUUUUUAAAGCUUAUUUCUCUUAAUUCUUUUCAAAUGAAGAUUUCUGUAUUUCAGGUAGUAUAUUUACUUUUUUAUUAGUUGUAAUAUGGUUAUAGCUUAAUACACUGCCUCUGUAGGAAAAUAGUUAACUUCCUUCCAAGACCAUCUUCAGACAAGGGAAAAACGUGGUCAUUGAAGGUAGGUACUGUAUUUUUCAUGGAAUAUAGGUUGUUUACUUUUAUUUUCUAAUAUUUAUUGCAAAUAUAACAGAGCAGUGUAACAGCUGUGACUUCUUCUGUGUGUUUCCGCCAGUAUUGAAUUCCAAAAGAUUCUAAUGUACACUUCUGUUACAGACAAUCUGAAUUCCACUACAUUUCUACUUGGCUUCAACAUUCCAUUUUGCUUGAACCCAGAGUCUCAUUUAACUUGUAUUUGUUGGAGGGCAUAAAUGUUACUUGUAUAUUACAAUGCUGUCACUGUGUGACAUCCCAUAAGAAUUUUGAUGUAAAUCACAUUGCACUCAAUCCUCUGUGAUUAUGCUUAGAAAAUGUUGUAGUUGCUAGAUGCAGUGUGAUUUUUUUUUUAUUAUUAUUUUUUUUAUUUUUCUUUCCUCUCCCCAUUAACAACUGAGUCUAUGGUUUAAAAUGUGAUUAUGGUCCAAUAAGAUAACUUGCUGAGCUAUUGGUCUUUUUGUUAUAACUAGAUCAUUUUUUAAGAUUUUAUAAAGCUGGAAAUGAUCAAAUGCUGUUUUGUUCAUUGUCAACAGUGUUGUGUUCAUUUUAUGUAUGUUCCUUAUACGUAAGGAGCCUUCAGAAAAUAAAAGCUAUUCAAGGAGCAGA